CCAGACUCCCGGCCUGCCCCGCGCCAGGCUGAAUGGGGCAGAGGCAAAAUGGCGGCGAACGCGAACUCUGCCGGCGGUGGCGGAGGAGGCGGCCUCCCGCUCUUCGACUGCCCGAGCUGGGCAGGAAAGCCUCCCCAAGGGUUGCAUCUGGAUGUAGUCAAAGGAGACAAACUUAUUGAGAAACUGAUCAUUGAUGAGAAAAAAUACUAUCUUUUUGGGAGAAACCCUGACCUUUGCGAUUUUACCAUUGAUCACCAGUCAUGUUCUCGGGUCCAUGCUGCCUUGGUCUACCAUAAACAUCUGAAGCGAGUUUUUCUAAUAGAUCUCAACAGCACACAUGGCACAUUCCUGGGUCAUAUUCGGUUGGAGCCUCACAAACCUCAACAGAUUCCCAUUGACUCUACGGUUUCAUUUGGUGCCUCCACGCGGGCUUACACACUCAGAGAAAAACCUCAAACGUUGCCCUCUGCAGUAAAAGGUGACGAGAAAAUGACCAGUGAAGAUGAUGAACUCAAAGGGUUGCUUGGUUUACCAGAAGAGGAAACUGAAUUAGAUAAUCUGACAGAAUUUAACACGGCACACAACAAGAGGAUCUCCACACUAACCAUAGAAGAAGGAAAUUUAGAUAUACAAAGACCAAAACGGAAACGGAAGAACUCAAGAGUAACAUUCAGUGAUGAUGAUGAAAUAAUCAAUCCAGAGGAUGUGGACCCUUCUGUGGGACGUUUCAGAAACAUGGUACAGACUGCAGUUGUCCCAGUGAAGAAGAAGCGCCUGGAAAAUGCUGGCUCCCUGAGUGUGGAUGAAGCUGCAAUGCGGCGGAUGCAGAACUUUCCCUACAGCGGGGGAUUGUAUGGCGGCUUGCCUCCCACUCACAGUGAAGCGGGCUCUCAGUCCCAUGGCGUGCAUGGCACGGCUCUCAUUGGAGGGUUGCCCAUGCCUUAUCCAAACCUUGCCCCAGAUGUGGACUUGACUCCUGUUGCUCCUUCAACAGUCACCAUGAACCCAGCUCCAAACCCAACUGUGUUUAAUCCCGAAGGUGUGAAUGAGCCGAAGAAAAAGAAGUAUGCAAAAGAAGCUUGGCCAGGCAAGAAGCCCACCCCUUCUCUCUUGAUCUGAGAAGUUUGGCUUCUUCUGGUGGGUGGGAUAGGACCAACUAGCCGUUGGAAUGAGGAAAAAAAAACUGCACAAGUGUAUUGGCAGCUCUCAGACUCGGAUCCUAACUGUGUAUGUCAUACAUAGCUCAGUUACAGGGCUGAACUCCCUCCCAAAGAGUUCUGCCAGUGUCAAGAAAAGAGAGGCAAACAUAUAUCUUCCACUCCCUGCAGAACCACACACUUUUCUUUAUUACCCUUCCUUUACAGGCCCAUUGCUGUUUUUAUUUUGACGUUAUUCAUACAUUUAAGGGACACUUCAGGUAAUUCCCAGUUAAUCUUCCCAGUUUUUGCAGCUACACAAACUCAGAACUGUUGGGUACUGAUUGUAUUCAUUUGUAACCGGUUGGCUUUGGACUAACACUUUUCUUUCACAGCAGAUACGUUCUAAAGUAGCACUUUGUCGGGCUUUUAUCAAAUGAUUUCCAUGUAAGUAAAAAAAGCAGUAGUUUGCUUUUUUAAACUCAAGAUCAUGAGGUGGUUUCAGUCUAGUGCACUUAUUUAUGUGCACUGUAAACACGCAUCACCAUUUUGAAAGAACCGGGAAUGGAAUGGAGCUAUCAGUAAAUUAGAAUGGAAGAGAUUAGUUGCUCCUUCACAUCAUAGAUUGAAAUCAUCAUAAGUAUGAAAAAAGGAAUUUAAUUUGAAAUUAUAUAGUAGUCUAGGGACCUCAUCACACUAGAGAAUGAAUCCACUUUAAAUCCGGUUGCUGCCUCCUGCAGAAUUCUGGGGGUUGUAGUUCAGGGAGGAGCCUUUAACAGCCUCACUAAACUACAAACCCCAGAAUUCUGCAGGAGACAGAAACCGGAUUUAAAUUGGAGUGAUCAGUAAAUUAGAAUGGAAGAGAUCAGUUGCUCCUUUGCAUCAUAGAUUGAAGGCAUCGUAAGUAUGAGAAAAUGAAUUUAAUUGAAUUUGAUAUUAUAUAGAAGUCUAGAGACGACAUCACACUAAAGAACGAAUCCACUUAAAAUCCGGUUUCUGCCUCCUGCAGAAUUCUGGGGUUCGUACUUUAGGGAGGAUCCUUUAGCAGCCUCACUAAACUACAAACCCAAGAAUUCUGCAGGAGGAAGAAACCGGAUUUAAAUUGGAUUCAUUCCCGAGUGUGAUGAAGUAGUAGCAGAAUUUUUUUUCUGGCAAAAUAAAUGACAGAAUAGUGGCAUUUGACCAGUACUUAGGAUGUGAUUAGGAAUACCCAGAAGUGGCCUGCAUGGUUUGUUUUGCCUAUGCCAGUGGUUCUCAACCUGUGGGUCCCUUUGGGUCCCCAGAUGUUUUGGCCUUCAACUCCCAGAAAUCCUAACAGUUGGUAAACUGACUGGGAUUUCUGGGAGUUGUAGGCCAAAACACCUGGGGACCCACAGGUUAAGAACCACUGGCCUAUGCCAUUAUCUGUGUGUCACCUAUUCUGGGAUAACCUAAAAGCAGCAGCCCAAGGAAAGUCACCCAGUCUCUGAAAUAUAACAUGUGCAGCUUAGUCAGAUAGGGAUGUGGCACAAGUUAAGUUUCGUGAUGUCAGCUCUAUUGCAUGACAAUUCGAUCUUUUGACUUCCCUGUUUGAGCAAAAGUGAAUUUAAGUCAGCAAGUACUUGGUUUCAGUCCUUGAUAUUUAGUACACAUGGUGUCUUGGUUUGGUAUCCAGACUUUAAACCAGGCAUGGGCAAACUUUGGCCCUCCAGGUGUUUUGGACUUCAACUUCCACGAUUCGGAAUUGUGGGAGCUGGAUUCCAAAACACCUGGAGGGCCAGAGUUUGCCCAUGCCUGCUCUAAACACUGUGCAAAUGGUUAAUCCCAGUGUUGGAUUGAGAUCUUCCUGGUUGUGUAUAUUUAAAUUGAGUUAGAUUCACUAGCAAUUCCUUAUCCCAUGGCAGUAAUAGCCUCCGUCAAGCCCUUUGCUGUUGACUUUAUUAAGAAAAUUAACCAACUUGCAAGUUCUCAUUCAGCUGGUGAAAUCAGUGGAACUCUUCAAGAAAUGCAUAACCCAGAUUGGUUUGCCUAUUGUUUCAGCAAGAUUACCUUUCUCCAAAAUUACAUUGGCCCCUCAAAGUACUGGUCCAGACAGAUCCUGGGGGCCAAAUAAAUUGUAAUUGCUGCUUGCAGUAGAAAAAAAAAUGAAAAUGUAUGUUACCAUAUUGGGAGUCAGUGAAAUGAAUAGAAUUUACUUCAUUUCUGCUUUUCUCUUUUUCAUCUUAUAGUUUACAUGGGGUCCUUUGUGAGGAUGACACUUUCUUUAUUGUGUGGUUAUAUAACAUCAUAUACUCGGUUGUGACAAUGAAUGGCUUAUAAGCUUUAGUAUUCCAUAUUCCCAAUCUUAGUUACUUAAUUUGUGAUAUGUUUAGUUAAUACUUUUCCAUACGAUAGAGCAGUUCUUUGCUCUGUGAUUGGCUCUUCAGAAUACGAUCAGUUUAAAGCAGUUGAGCUUUCCCUUCCUGGAUUUUAAUUUUUUUUAAAAAAGUGACUGUUUUGCAAGGUAAAUAUGUUGGGAUUUUAUUGAGUGCUGAUCUUAGCCCUUCAUCUCCCCAGGAUAAUGCAAAUUUUUAAUUUUAGAUCUGUGAAGCCAAGCCUGGCUGAUACUGAGCAUCGGGGAGGCAGGGUAAAACAUGUGGGUCUCUGUACAGACGUUUGUACAUUUGUGUAAUAGGCCUUUUCACACUCAGUUGAGCUUUUUACCUGUAACCUUUAUUACACUGUAAAUUAAAUGAACGUUUUGCCAAA